AUGGAUACGCUAUCACACUCCUCUUGCACGACGGCAGCAACAGAGGCUUCGUCCUUUGAUGCUCCGCAAGCGCAGCCAUCACAGGCCAUUCUGGACUUCUUCUUCCCCGGCUUCAGCAUCCUGACAAGUGCCUGUCAAAAAUAUUUUAGCAUCGAUCUCAAUGUCUACAUCCCCCUGAUCAUCCUGUGUGGUGGUGCCACCUUUGCCUGGCAAUAUUUGAGCGACUAUGUCUGGGGCCUGAUCGAGUCCCAUCUCAUGUCCUCUGUCGAUGUACGGACCGACGAUGAGAUUUAUAACAUUCUCAUGGCCUGGGUUGCCACACAGCGCUUCGCAAAGAGGUCCCGGCGCUUCAUUGCCAACACAAACCUCAACUCGAGAGCCUGGUUUCUUAUGCGCUGGUCCUACGACGAGGAUGAAGAGGACGAGGAUGAAGACGACUCUACAGCCACGGCUGCCAGCGAGGUCGGACACAAGAAGAAGGGUCUGGCUUACACGCCAAGCUUUGGUAACCACAUCUUCUGGUACAAGGGCCGCCUCCUCCGUUUCAAGAGGAGCCAGAACCAACAACAAGGGUCCUACUUGACCGUCAGCGAGAGGGAGGAGAUCAGCAUCUCCUGCUUUGGACGCUCGCCUUGGAUCCUGAAGCAGCUUCUCCUCGAGGCCCGCCUGGAAUAUCUCAAGAAGGAUACCAAGAAGACCAUGAUCUACCGCGGGGGCAUUCGUGCGGGUUCCACCGACCCCACGUGGCAGAGGUGCAUGGCCCGGACGUCGCGGCCCUUCUCGACCGUCAUCCUCAACGAAAAGACGAAGAAGGAGCUCAUCGAUGAUGUGUCCGACUAUCUGUCACCCGCAACUCGGAACUGGUAUUCCAAUCGUGGCAUUCCCUGGCGUCGUGGCUAUCUGUACGAGGGGCCUCCCGGUUGCGGCAAGAGCUCGCUCGCACUCGCGCUGGCCGGCUACUUCAAGCUGCGGAUCUACAUUGUCAGCUUGAGCUCCAUUGUCGCCAACGAGGAAACGCUCGCCACCCUAUUUUCCGACCUCCCUCGUCGGUGUGUUGUUCUUUUGGAGGACAUUGACACUGCCGGUCUAACACAUACGCGGGAGGUCAGCGAUGUGCUCUCCGGCGAGGCUGACAAGAGCGAUGCUUCUGCCAACGCCAUGGUGCCCGGCCAGCUGACCACAGGAAUCCUCAGCGCCGCUGCCACCAGCAGCUCAUCGAGGCUCUCCUUGUCAGGCCUGCUGAACAUCCUGGACGGCGUCGCCAGCCAGGAAGGGCGCGUCCUCAUCAUGACGACCAACCACGUAGAGAAGCUCGAUAAGGCGUUGAUUCGACCUGGCCGGGUCGACAUGAUUGUCAAGUUUUCACAGGCUGACGCCGAGAUUAUCGGUGCCAUUUUCCGCGCCAUCUACGCUCCGCUUGAGGGCGACGACGGGGCGGACCGCGACGCGCCGGGACUUGAUGCCGACGCCGAGAAGGCUGCGGCUGAGGCUGCGGCGGCGCGGGUGGCCAAGACUGUAGCACAUGUCGAAGCUCUGUCGCACGAGUUUGUGGCAUGUAUCCCGGCUCACGAGUUCAGUCCAGCGGAGAUUCAGGGGUUUCUGAUGAGGCACAAGAGAAGUCCAGACGCGGCGAUCGAGCAUGCAGCUCAGUGGGUGAUAGACACCCGAAAGCAGAAGAAGGAGAAGGAGAUCAAAGCGGCCGAGGAGAGGCGAGCGCAAGAGGAGAAGGAGAAGGAGAAGGAGAAGGAGAAGGAGAAGGAGAAGGAGAAGGAGAAGGAGAAGGAGAAGGAGAAGGAGAAGGAGAAGGAGAAGGAGAAGGAGAAGGAGAAGGAGAAGGAGACUACCAGCGACGGCAAGGAAGCAGCCCCUGGGCAGACGAAGACGGCGCGGGACGAACACCUACAAGGGCCAGGUUCGGACUCGGGAUACGCGACUUCAGUCGAAUCAUAA